UUCUUGCAUCUAUUCUAUAGACUUCUCAAGUAUGUGUUGUAGGCUACGGCCCUCUUGCCUCUUGGUUUUUCAGUUUGAGUAUGACAUAAGAGUUUUGAGAGGCUGAGUGGACAAAAAAAGUUGCAAUCAUGUGGCACGAGGCAAGACGGCAGGAGAGGAAGAUCAGGGGUCUGAUGGUUGAUUACAAAAGACGAGCUGAUCGUAGAAGGGAGUUCUAUGAAAAAAUUAAACUAGAUCCUACACAGUUUCUGCGCAUGUAUGGGCGGCCUCUGAAAAUCCAUUUAGACCCUGCGGUUGCUACAGCUGCAGAAGGACCACAGAGCAUGAUGCCUUGGCAAGGUGAUUCUAGUAACAUGAUUGAUCGGUUUGAUGUGAGGGCCAACCUUGACCUCAUCCCUGAGUAUGUACCGGAGAAAAUUUCAAUGCCCCCCACAUCAAGGGAAGAUGAAGAUGAACGAUUUGCAAACUAUGAAAGAUAUCGCACUCUUGUGGAAAAUGAAGCAGCAGGAUUGUCAGAAGAGUAUUCCUUGCACCAGAUCUAUAUGGAUGAACAUUUUGGGACCAUCAACAAAGGGAAUGAAGAAGAGAAGAAAAAGAAUGCCGACAAGAAAGCUGCUAUCGGCUUUGUUUAUGAGGACAGCACGCCUGCCAAAGAUAAAGAUGCUGAGGAAAGUGAAGAAGAGGAGAGUGAUGAAGAUAUUGAAACUGUAGACUUAGACGUUACAAUAGAUGUGGAUAUUUUGACCACGGAGCAGUGCUCAGAGAUAAACUUGUGUGCAGCACAGUACGGAAUGAAAAAUGAUGAUUUUAUCAGAUUGUUGCGCAAAGACAAAGAUGAGAUGGAAGCUUUGAAGGAAGCGAGGCAGCUGGAGGAGGCAAAAGCUCAGUUUUCUGGACGCAAGUCAAGAAAAGAAAGAAGAGCUAUCAACGAAAAAAGACAAAAUCCUCAUCGAUUCAGCAGACCAAGCUAUGCAGCCCGUGAGAGUCCCAAAUAUGAACCCUACAAAAGACCAGGAUCAUCAUCCCGUUCACGGUCGCGCUCCCGCUCCCGCUCCAGAACGCCAGAGAAGGUGGAGGUGAAAUUUAUCACCAGCUUUGGUGCGGACAGUGACGAGGAGGCUGUGGUGCAGGGUCCGUCGUUACCUGCCAACCUACAAGUCGCCACCGGGAAGAAAAGCGCUGCCUCUCCCGAGUCCUCUAAGUGUGAGGCUUCAUGGCCAGCUUCUAAAGCCAGACAGGCUAAAAGUCGAAGCAAGUCAUAUUCCAGGUCUCGGUCGAGGUCCCGGUCCAGAAGGUAUCGUCACAGCAGUAGCAGCAGUCGGUCCUAUAGCAGGUCACGAUCACGGUCUAGGUCAAGGUCACGCUCAAGGUCGAGACAGAGGAAGUAUUCUUCGGAUGGGAAAAGCCGUGGCAGAGGCAGUGUGAGCAGGUCCAGGAGAGAUCGGAGGUCGUACAGUUCAAGCGUGUCCCGUUCUCGCAGUCGCUCUAGGUCAAGGUCAAAGUCUUCACGAUCUAAAACAACCCAGAGCAGCACUGAUAAUAGUGCGGUGAAGAAACUGCCGGAGGUGAAACGAUACCGAAGGGAGAGUCUGUCUUCCAACUCUGAGCUCAGCGGUCUAGAUUCGGAGGACGAGAACAAGAAAAGUCAAGACACUUCAACUUCUUCGAAGACAUCGUCGAGGGAUGAUGUAAAAUCGUCAUUGGUACAGAGUGGUAAAAUUUCAAGCAAACAGCAAUCUCAAAACUCUCUGUUGACUGCCAAAGAGCGUCUUAAGAGAAAAAUGCAGGCUCAGCUGACCAAGCAGUUCAAAGCCGACAAAAAAGCCAGGAUAUCCAAGAUAUCUCAGUUGGAGCAAGAGAGAAUGGAUCGUGAAGAGGAAAUUCGAAAUCUUGCCCUGGAAAUGAGGAGAAGGGAACGUGAAAAACGCCACAAGGAGAUUGAGGAGGAGGAGAAGGAGCUUGAGUCACGAAGGAGUAAGAAAAUGAAAGCUGGGAGUGACAGCAGCAGCAGCAGCAGAAGCAGCCGCAGCAAGAGCAAGUCCCGAAGUGCAACUCCAGAGAAAAGAAGAAGUCCCGAGAGAAAGAGGGAGGACAGAGAACGAGCACGCCCUGAUAAUGGAAGAAUGGAAGAAAGAAGAAGGGAGGAGCGGACGGAAGACAGGAGAGACUUCAGGCAAGAGGAGAGGCGGAGAGGACCUCCGGAGGACAGGAGGAGGUCUGAUGAGAGGAGAUGGGAUCCCCCGCGAGACAGGAGGAGGAUGGAUGAGGAUAGACGGUCUGACAGAAGUCGAUGGGAGAGGGAGAGAGAUGGUGGUCGCUGGGGAGGAGGAGACAGAGGAGGAGCAGGAGACAGAGGGGGAGGAGGAGACAGAGGGGGAGGAGGAAACAGAGGGGGAGGAGACCGUGGACCAGGAGACCGCGGGCGAUGGGAAGGAAUUCUGCCGGACCCUCGGUGGGAUGGGGUGCCGUACGACAGAGACAGGGAUAACGACAGGCGCUGGGAGGGUCGCCGGGGAGACUAUGGAGAUGGGCCUUGGCAUGGCAGGUCAUCAUCGAAUUACAACAGCCCCAGAUCACGGGGUCCUCUGCUUCAUCGACCAAGCUCUCCGCUCAUGUCGCGACCUCGACCUCCUAAUGACCCUCGUCUGCUGGAAGACUACAAUUAACUAAUGGGAUCAAGCACGCCGUUUUGUACGCUCAUGACAUGAACAGCCUUGCCCAAAGAUGUAGAAACUGAAGGGGGAGAUUCCAGUGAUUGUGAUAGCUGUUUGGUCUUUUUGUUUGUAGUGUUGUUGCUUACAUGUUUGAAUCCACUGAGAUGAUAUCUUCUUUGACAAACCGCUGAAAUUUGGCAGAUUGAUGAGUGUUCUUGUGUUGUGCGUAAAACCAGUCUGAAAUAGGAUUUUGUUUGAAAUGAAAAAAAAAAAAUGUUCACGUCUCAUCUGCGCAAGUUACACAGUAGGACAGCUGUAUCAAUUGAUUGUGAGUGCACUAGCUUUAAGAAAUGGGUGACCAUUGAAGCGAAUAGUUUAUGCAACCUAUGGAUUGCUCGUAAGCUGAGGUCGGGAGUACCCCCAUUUUACAAAAGAUUUCACAUGUGUUAGGAGUUGAGUUGUUUUAGUGAAGUGAGGGUGCAUGUCUUGGGGAAAGUUUUAACUUGAAGUUGUCAUUACAGUAGAACACGACUAUAGCGGCACCUGCUACGUCGGGACCAUCCCUACACCGAGACCUUACCGGAAUCCCCUUUUUUUCCUAUGUAAACGCAAUUACCUGUGCUGGGGUAUAAUGGGGAAAGGAAAGGUCCGAACUCGGAUACAGCGGGAGAGAUCGAGCGAGCUCUAGCUGGGGGAGAGGGGGUUGGGGGGCUGUA